AUGAGCACCCCAAAAUUAUCAGCUGCGCUGAAUGUUUCAUCUGCUCUGCAUCAAAGAAUUAAUGAUAUUCUGGCGUCAAGAUUAAGUCAGGAGCAAGCUGUUGUAUCGACCAUUCCUCCUAAGAAUUUCUGCGUUCAGGGUGUACAAUCCCUCGUUGGAGCUCCAGUAAUUUCGGAUGAGUUUGUCUCCGAAAAUGCUUUUCUCGCAACUGGUGAUCCGAAUUUCACUGGACGUACUGUUGCCUCUGCAAACUAUGCUGCAAUUCCUUUCUUCCCUCAACUUAAUCAAUUUGCAAUGGCCCAAAGAGGAGCCACCCUGGUGACAAUCAGUGGUCCGAAUGGUAGUACCACCACGGGAGCAGUUGUGGGUACUAUUGGACCGCCAACUGGACAAUCAGGAGGAGGUCAACUCAUUGUACCCCUGCAGACUGCUCCUCCUCAACUGCAAUCACAACAGCAGCAAAGCGCCGAUCCAACUGCCGUUCUUCAGCAGCAACCGCAGACAGCGAAAGGUGACCAGUCCUCUGUCUGCGAUCAGACCUGUGCUGCAUUGAUUACCACCACUGCUCCUCAAGGCACUAUCUCAACUACUGCUGCAAAUGGACAUAUCAUUACCGCAUCUGGAUUGGAAUGUUCCGAGAUCAAGCCUGACCUCACACCCUGUCUUCAACGAGUUGGCGGUAACGAGGAUCAGCACCGCCACCAACAACAACAGGCUCCCACUCUCUACACUGUCACUCAAUCCAACGUCACUUUUCUUCAACCUGACGCCGCUACCGCCACGAAUAACGCCAAUUCCCCUGGUCCAACCCCCAAUCCCCCCAACCAUACAAUUGCUACUCAAAAUGAAAUAAGUAAUGGGUCUGCUAACAGCUCAUCAGGAGGUCCCUAUCAGUGUACUAGUUGUGGAAAGGAAUUUAGGGUACUCCGCUAUCUCGAGAAACACAAGAGGAUACAUACUGGGGAGAAACCCUAUCAAUGCUGCUUUUGCGGCCGCUUAUUCAACGAUUGGCCUAAUAUGAAUCGGCACAAGCGCAUUCAUACCGGCGAGAGACCUUAUCGAUGUUCAGUAUGUUCCAAGACAUUCUCUCAACCCGCGGUUUAUAAUGAGCAUGUGAAAAGGCACACUGGAGAGAGACCGUAUGUGUGCACUGUGUGCUCGAAGGGAUUUCCACGGGCUGCUAGGCUCUCUGUUCAUAUGAGAGUACAUACUGGCGAGAAACCCUAUCGAUGUGAUGUCUGUGAUCGUCGUUUUAGUCAACCCCAUCAUGUCUCUACUCAUAUACGAAUCCACUCUGCCAAUAGGUCUUCUCGGUCAAGUCUUCGGGACGGAGCAAACUCCCGACGCAAUCGUAAACAGGCGGGUGAGAAAUCCGCAACAGCAGCAUCAGAUGCAGCCGAUAAAGCAUCAAAUGAGGUCGGAAGCAGUGUCCCCAACGCUUCAUCACCUAGUGUACAGGGUAACCAAAUCAGUGUUCUACCAGGGUCUGUUGAUGAAAAUGGUGCUGAUACCUGCGGGGACUCCGUUUUCCAUUCGGAUUCCACAAAGUCAUUGCACUCUCAAGAAGGUGAAAUGCAAAUGACCACAAAUGCUUCACCAAUUGAACCAACCUCUCUUUCCACUUCAACUCCAGUUGCCAUGGAGGCGUCUGUGACGACGACUGGAACAACAACUGAUGUUUCUGUUUCGGUUGUUAAUUCCAUGCCCUCCAACAUCGGAAUGUCGGCUUCGGAAAAUUGUUAUGUUCAACCACAUCCACCACCAUCACAUAUCUUUGAUUCUAAUGGCACCAUCUAUAUAAGCUCUAUGGAAGGAACGGCAGGCCUUUCUACUAACGGUUUGAGCACAGGUCCUGAAUCUGCCAUGACUACGACAAUCACAUCAACCCUUCCUCAAAUCCAAAUUCAUCCCUCCGCAGCGGCAGCAUUUUCAAAUGAUCCUCACCACCAUCUUCAACCUCAACAGAGUAGUGGUGGUCCCAUCCAAAUCUGCUAUUCCACAAACCCCAACCGUAACCCCUCCGAUUCCGCCACAAUCAUAAUGUCUCCGGGAGGCCAAAAAGCGCAACUUUUCAGUCCCAUGCUAGUACCGAUUGGCCCCGCAUCUCAGUUUCCUUAUCCUCCUACAGCGGCUGCUGCUUUCCAAACUCUGCCGCCGUCAGAUCAACAACAGCAACAACAGUCUUCUGGCGCAGAUGGAAUAAUGUCGACGUCAACUCAUAGCGCAGUUUCUUCAUCGUCUAUAGCUGCUGAUGUGUAA